AGCGGUGUGUGUGUGUGAGAGAACACGUCAGUUCAGAUGAACGCGAUAGUUAAACAGGCCGAGAAGUUUUAACUCAGAAACACACUUUAUUUGUCCGGACUCUGGAUAUUAAUCAUAUUCUGACUGUCCGAAGGGUUUAUCGAUACACGUUCGGCACUGGAGGGCGUUUGGAGAAGUCUCCGCGGGUGUUAGGGAGUUUUGAUCAGGCGGCUGCUGGUGCUGGUGGAAAAUGCAUCUGUUUCCAUGGAGUGUAUGGUUUGGUGUGGUGCUGUGCGUUUUGCCUGCUGCACUUGCGGACGCUGAAGAUGCUUCGCUGUUGGGCGACUGGCAGGACGUUUGGCUCUUCCGUUUGUUUCUCAAUGUUUUGGGCUACGCCACCAUCAUCAUCCCAGGAUAUUUCCUCAUCAGCUACUUCAAACGGGUCAACUAUCUAGAAACAGGUCGUGGCCUUUGUUUUCCUGUCAUAAAGACCUGUGUGUUUGGGAACGAGUCAAAGACAGGACUGUUGGAUGACGUGUCAUCGGCACCCAGAAAUGAAGCUGAAUCCAGUUCAUCAGCUCGACAGGCCAUCAAGUUGAUUUUCUGUGCAGCUGGACUCCAGGUGUCGUACCUGACAUGGGGCAUUCUUCAAGAACGGGUGAUGACACGCUCUUACGGCGCCACAGAGGUUGAAGGCAGCGGCGAGCGCUUCAAAGACUCACAGUUUCUGGUUUUAAUGAACCGUAUUCUGGCGUUGACCGUGUCCGGACUGUGUUGCAUUAUGUUUAAACAGCCUCGCCACGGCGCGCCAAUGUACAAAUACUCCUUCGCUUCACUCUCGAACAUUCUCAGCAGCUGGUGCCAAUAUGAAGCGCUCAAAUACAUCAGUUUUCCAACACAGGUGUUAGCCAAAGCUUCUAAGGUGAUACCCGUGAUGCUGAUGGGCAAGAUUGUCUCCCGCAAAAGCUAUGAAUACUGGGAGUAUUUCACUGCUGUCCUGAUUUCGGUAGGCGUCAGCAUGUUCCUGCUGUCCAGUUCCACCAACAAUCAUCCGUCCACCGUCACAACCUUCUCGGGCAUCAUCAUCCUGGGCGGAUACAUCGUUUUCGACAGCUUCACCUCCAACUGGCAGGACAACCUCUUCAAAUACAAGAUGUCGUCUGUCCAGAUGAUGUUUGGCGUGAACCUCUUCUCUUGUCUCUUCACGGUCGGCUCUCUCCUGGAGCAAGGCGCAUUCUUCGAUUCCCUAGCGUUCAUGGCGCGUCACUCUGAGUUCGCUUUCCACGCAGUUUUGCUGUCUGUUUGCUCAGCAUGUGGUCAGCUGUUCAUCUUCUAUACCAUCGCACAAUUUGGAGCGGCGAUCUUCACGAUAAUCAUGACUCUACGCCAGGCCAUUGCUAUUCUUUUGUCCUGCUUCAUCUACGGUCACGCGGUCACCAUGGUGGCCGGCUUUGGCGUGGCUGUGGUCUUCCUCGCCCUUUUCCUCCGCGUCUACGCCCGUAGCCGCAUGAAGAAGACUAGCAAACCAGCGAAGCAAAUGCCAGUUCAGAAAGUUUAGACGAACAAAUCCCGGAAUACGGACAUGUGUACAGAGACCAUAUUUUCGUGGUUUGCUUUUCGUUUGUGUACAACUUUAAGGGUUUGUAUUUUGUAAGGUCAAAUGGUACAGAAAGGGAUUAUUCUUGGUUUGAAAGGGAUUUAGGCUUGUUUGUAUGUGCACGUUACUGGACGUUUAUAUGGGAAUGACUUGAUGAGCCAUCGAGUGUACAAGGACUUCAGAGGGAUGAGCCUUUCAUAUCUUUGUAAUUUGGUACUAAAAUACGUCACACUUUAAGUUUUUUAAUUUAAAUAUUACUUUAGGAAGUUAUCCGAAGAAAUUCAGAUUUUCAAGAGGAAUAAAAGUGUUGUGGUUGAGAUGCCGUACGAGUGGCAAGUACGAUUUGUCGAAGUUAUUCCCACUGUUAUAUUAUAUUCCCAAUUUUUUCUCUUGAAAACAUGUCCGGGUCAAAUUUCAAACCAAAAUCAACUUUUUAAUUUGUCUGAAGAAAAGUACGCCAAUUUUUAGUCCCAUUUAGAUUUGUUGCAUUGGGACUGUGCAAUUUCUAUUUUAUUUUUUUGCAGAAUGGGAAUGUUAUGGGAAAAUGUGCUUGAUUGUCAUGAAAAUGUCCAAGAAAUAUUUUUAUUUAAAAUCGGCUUCAUUUUCUUUCUUCAAAAUAAAAUGUAUCAUUUUUUUCCUUUAAUUUAAAGGGGCGAAAUACGAAUUAAACAUGUCCUUGACGUUUUUGUGAGACUGACCCUUGGUCAUAAAGGAGUGAAUACCUUGAAAACAUCAAAAGAAGAACAAAAGAGAAACAGUAUUUUGCAUAAAAAGCCAUUUUUAAGGACCAUUUAAGGUUUUCUGCAUUGGGACAAUGUUUGUUUUUUCUGCAUGACGGCGAUGAGAUUCUGAGAGGAAAAUGUCCUUAAUUGUCAUGAAAAUGCCAAAAGCAUAUUGUGAUUUAAAAACAUGCCAAUGCCAAACAUUUGAAUGCUCCUAAAAAUAGGCUAAAUGUUCUUCAAUGUAGAAAAUAAUUUCUCAUUAUUUUCUUCUUGGGGUGAAACAAGGCGUUUUGUAAGAUUCACCCAUAAUCAUAAACCUGAUAACCGUGUUCAUGCCAACAGAACAUCCAUCCAUCCAUCCAUCUUCAACCGCUUAUCCGAAGUCGGGUCGCGGGGGCAGCAGCUCCAGCAGGGGGCCCCAAACUUCCCUAUCCCGAGCCACAUUAACCAGCUCUGACUGGGGGACCCCGAGGCGUUCCCAGGCCAGUGUGGAGAUGUAAUCUCUCCACCUAAUCCUGGGUCUUCCCCGAGGCCUCCUCCCAGCUGGACGUGCCUGAAACACCUCCCUAGGGAGGCGGCCAGGGGGCAUCCUUACCAGAUGCCCAAACCACCUAAACUGACUCCUUUCGACGCAAAGGAGCAGCGGCUCUACUCCGAGCUCCUGACGGAUGACUGAGCUCCUCACCCUAUCUCUAAGGGAGAAGCCCGCCACCCUUCUGAGGAAGCCCAUUUCGGCUGCUUGUACUCGCGACCUAGUACUUUCGGUCAUGACCCAGCCUUCAUGACCAUAGGUUAAUAAUAUGAAGCUGCUCCUAAUAAAAUUUUUGAAAAGGUUAUAAUCUGGUUUUUGUCCCGCAGUUCAUGCGAGAACCCCAACACCUUGUGUUAGCUAUACGAUGUAACCUGAAUGUGGCUGGUCAAGGUAAAAGACAUGUUUAAGAGAUAAUGAUCGGACAUACGAAGAGGCUUGCGUUUGCAGGUCCACUGAGGUUUGUGUCACUCGUGGAAAAUUACGGUGCAUUUGUUUUUCUCAAUCAAAUCAAGCAAGCAUGAAAAAUGCCAUUAUAACAGCCUGAACGCUUAGAUCCAUAUAUAUUAAUUUUGAUUAAUUACAUGCCAUUAAUGUAUGUUCAGCAAUGAAUAGACAACCACGUGGAUAAUAAAUACAGUCAACAAGCCGGUUUUACAUUGAUGUGCCUGUUUACUUUUAGGGUUCGGUAGAAAGAGAUUUGAACAAAGCCUCUUUAUGCUGACGUACUAAUUACAUCCUCAUACAAUAUGUUUAAUUAUAUUGUGAGACCAAGAAUGAGAGAUCUGCAGUCACACAAUUUCAUUCAUUUAUCUGGACUUUUCCGCUGUAUAAAAAUAGCAUGUUUUGCAUCUCUUAUUUUUUUUUAAGUUAAAUUGGUAUUUUGGUAACAUAAAUAUAUGUUGAUUUUAAUUAUUAUAAUUUUUUUUUUCUCAUUAAGAAAAUUUAAAUAGACUCCUUUAGUCAUUA